AACCGUCGACAUCUUUCAGUAGAAGAUUCAAGUUGAAACCGCUAAAAUGUUCAGAUUUUUUUUGGUACACCUUUGCCUCGUGUUGCUGCUGCUGUGGAGUUGCCAAAUAUCGGCAGAUCACUUUGAUGAAUGUGAUGGGGUUGACGACGAAACGUUUGUCCAGAGUUGGGAAAACUGCCAGUCGUAUGUCUACUGCCAGGGUGAGGAUUCGUUGAAGGGCGAAUGCGAUGAGGGGGAAUACUUUGAUGCGGAGACGGGAGGAUGCGAUUUGGCUGCGAAUGUGCAAUGCUUCCUGGACGAAGUCGACGAACCUGCAGAUCCAGAGCCCGAACCGGAAGAGGAAGUCACACCCGCCACGACGUCAAGACCAACGGAUCCUCCAACCGAAGCACCAACCGAGGUGGACAUUCUGAACAUUGCACCAGUUGUUAAGCCCAAUUGUCCGUUCAGCGAUGAUCCCAGUCAGGUCAUCUUAAUGGCCAGCAACGAAUCGUGCACCAACUAUUUUCUCUGCUACCAUGGACAUGCCAUGGAAAUGCAUUGCACCAAUCAAUUGUACUUUAAUUCCCUCACCGGACAGUGUGAUUAUCCCGAGAAAGUUCAGUGUGCGCUGGACGAUCCAAGGUCCCACAAAUGUCUGCCCCACAUGACCGAGUUCUUUCCACAUCCGGACAAGUGCAACUACUUCUACUACUGCAUCAAGGGAUUCCUGACCCUGCAGCAGUGCCCCUUCUACUACGGCUGGGACAUCGAGCGACGGAGUUGUGUGCAGAUUGGUGUGGCGAAAUGCUACGGAAAUUCCCGCCGAACUUAUUACCCCUAUAUUAAUUGCUCAGCCCAGGAUUCGUUGUUUUGCUUUCAAACUGACACUUGUAGUGCCAACUUUAUCUGUGGCAACAUAGACACACUGGAUAAUUCAACUGCUUCGCCCAACCAGACAACUCCAACGGUUAUAACCUCCCCGACACCUUUGGCCAGCACCUCAACCAUCUCAACCACCUCAACCACAUCGACUUCCAGUAUCCGACGUGAGUGUCGUCCGGGUGUAACCAAAAGGUUUAGUUAUCCACAGAAUUGUAACUAUUUCUACUACUGCGUGGACGGCUUUCUACUUGUGGAACAAUGUCCUAUUGGCUAUGUCUUCGAUUCGGAGAGUGGAGCUUGUGGUGGUCGUAAACGAGAUUCGGCCGAUUGCUCUGAUCCGCGAGAUGAGACAGUCGAAACAGUCUAUAUGUGGCAGUUGUUGAUUGUCUUUGGCUGCCUGUUACCUGUAAAUCAGGUACGGGCGGAUUUACUAGAGGAAUGCACAGGUGUUAUAAUCAACAAGGUGCCCAAUGAGAACACGCAAUGCAGCGAAUAUGUUCACUGCGAUGGCGAGGAUUCGUACUACUGCAAUGGAGAUUGUCGCGAGGCCGUCGAUUGUAACGCUAAGGAAGUGACUACCAGAGCACCAGUUACCACCUUAAGAACUGCUGAACCCACACCCACCACCACCACGACGAGAGUGUCCACAACCGAAGAAGCUCCUUCUCCGGCAAAUACAACAUCUACUACACCGCAGACGGUGACAACCUCUUCGACCAUUUCACCACCUUCGAUGCCAACCACCGAUGUCCAUGUGAAGUGCAAGACGAGUGGCAAAAAUGAGGUCUAUCCGUAUCCAGCGAAUAGUAAUUACUACUAUCAAUGUCUUGCCGGUUAUCUGCUACUUCAGCAAUGCCCCCAGAACUUCCAUUUCGAUCAGUUCCAAGGACAGUGUAUUUCCACAAAACCGUAUCCGUAUCCGUAUCGCUCAUCGCGCUUACAUGUCACCAAGGUGGUAAAGUCUGCAUACGACGUAGAUCAGUUCACUUUUCGAAUCGCAGCGAAGAAGAUGUUUCGGGUUUUUGGAUCCAUUUUAUUGUUCCUUGGCAUUUGCCUGGCGGAUGUUUUUCAAGAGUGUAACGAAGGCAACAGCUUGUCGUUCGUUACCUCACCAAAGAGUUGCGCACACUAUAUUUUCUGCAACGGCGAUGAGUCAUACGAUGGCGAAUGUGCGGAGGGCGAGUACUUUAGUGCCGAUAUGGAAAUGUGUGAGCCCAUGGGCGACAUUGAUUGUCGCACGGGAUCGGCAAUGGAAGUGGAUAGUUCCACGCAGAUUAACACUGACGUGGAGACCACUGCACCAGUUCCUACGGAUGUAAUUACCACUUUGGCUCCGUCGGUGAUUAUAACGCUGCGCCCAUCAGUCGUCAAUCAAAAUGGGACCUCCAACGCGACUACGAUGUCAACUGGCAUAGAGGUUAUUGUGACCAAUAUGUGCCCACAACUGGAUAAUCAAAGUCGUAUCGCAUUGGUGCCAAAUCAGAAUUCCUGCACCGAUUAUUACAUUUGCUAUCGUGGCGAACCCCUGCCCAUGAGUUGUGCCGCCAGUUUGCACUUUAAUUCGCGCACUGGCAAAUGUGACCAUCCCGAAAAUGUCCGAUGUCUGGCACUGACAUCGAAUCCCAGAGAGCAGUGCAAACGACAUGUCAUCGAUGUUUAUCCGCAUUCCGGCAACUGCAAUUACUUCUACCAAUGUCGAUCGGGUUAUCUGAUGGUGCAGCAAUGUCCUUUCUUCUAUGGUUGGGACUACGAGAAGCGAUCCUGUGUGGCGCUAAGUCAGGCCAAGUGCUACAAUAAAAUACAGAUGCAAAUGAAAUUUAAAUAAAUACAUAUCGAUCAAGUUUAAGAA